UACUAUCCCAGGCUCAGAGUCUAUUCAACCCAUGGACUCCAUCUGAGCCGCUGUGUCUGGCUGCUAUUGAUGCAAGCCCGCACAUAUCGUUCGACUAGCGAGUUGGUUUAACACCAUGGACAGUGCGCAGUUUCAUGCAGCGGUGUAUCACGUAGCUCGGCAAAUACCUCCACAGCACGUAACGUCGUACGGACACAUCGCGAAGCUCCUCGGAAUGCCUCGCCACUCUCGACACGUCGGACAAGCCCUAAAAUUCGUCUCCCCUGAUGUGCAACCUCCCAUUCCCUGGUAUCGUGUCAUCGCGUCGUCUGGCAUGAUAUCCUCGCGCGGACCAGGCACUACAGGCGCCGAUAGGCAGCGCCAGGAGCUCGAAGCUGAGGGCAUAGAGGUCAACGUCGGGCGUAUGGGCGACUUGCGCGUCGACCUCAGGCGCUAUGGGUGGUUCCCUGCGCCGGGGACCGUUGACACCGGUGUGGAGUUGAACGAGGAUGGUGAGGCUGACGUCGACGCUAGUGAGGCGACGUCUGAGGAUGGCGAUGAUUCUGAAGAAGAGACAUAAGACCGUCCCAUGCGGUAUCUUGCAUACGCGGGGUAUGAGAGCUGUUUGUUGUACUUUUCACGACCUGGAGCAAAAAGGUGCAUUGCAGGAGCCGCAGAAUGGGUGCACGGGAGGCUUAUAAGGGGUAGGCGUGUAUUGUGGGAUCAAAAUCUGUGGUGCAAAUAUGGAGACAGCACUGUAUAGUGGUAUAUUCUGCACGAGGGCGCGUCGGCGACGCCCAGUGCAGUAAGUCGCGAGUGAGGAAGGGCAUGCAUCUUUAAGGUGUGCUCAACU